GGAGCCGGUGGCCGGCCCAUCGGGCGUGGACCCGGCAUGGCGGGGCCGGGUGGCUCGGGUGGCCCGAUCGGGGCCGGGGCCCUGGCCGGUGGCGCGCGGUCCAAGGUGGCCCCGAGCGUGGACUUUGACCACAGCUGCUCAGACAGUGUCGAGUACCUGACGCUCAACUUCGGGCCCUUUGAGACAGUGCAUCGUUGGCGGCGCCUCCCGCCUUGCGACGAGUUCGUGGGGGCCCGGCGCAGCAAGCACACAGUGGUGGCCUAUAAAGAUGCCAUCUAUGUAUUUGGUGGAGACAACGGGAAGACGAUGCUCAACGACCUCCUUCGUUUCGACGUGAAGGACUGCUCCUGGUGCAGGGCCUUCACCACUGGGACCCCUCCUGCUCCCCGCUACCACCACUCGGCCGUCGUCUAUGGCAGCAGCAUGUUCGUCUUUGGGGGCUACACUGGGGACAUUUAUUCCAAUUCCAACUUGAAGAAUAAAAAUGACCUCUUUGAGUACAAGUUUGCAACUGGCCAGUGGACGGAGUGGAAAAUUGAAGGACGGUUGCCAGUCGCUAGGUCAGCCCAUGGCGCCACAGUGUACAGUGACAAGCUGUGGAUCUUUGCUGGCUACGACGGCAAUGCCAGGUUGAACGACAUGUGGACCAUCGGCCUCCAGGACCGGGAGCUAACGUGCUGGGAGGAGGUGGCCCAGAGCGGUGAGAUCCCGCCCUCCUGCUGCAACUUCCCGGCGGCCGUGUGCCGGGACAGGAUGUUCGUCUUCUCAGGCCAGAGCGGGGCCAAGAUAACCAACAAUCUCUUCCAGUUCGAGUUCAAGAACAAGAUGUGGACACGCAUCCCCACCGAGCACCUGCUCCGAGGCUCUCCGCCGCCCCCGCAGCGGCGCUACGGGCACACCAUGGUGGCCUUUGACCGCCACCUUUACGUGUUUGGGGGCGCAGCGGACAACACGCUCCCCAACGAGCUGCACUGCUACGACGUGGACUUCCAGACCUGGGAGGUCAUUCAGCCCAGCUCGGACAGCGAGGUCAGUGGGGCCGAAAUGCCCGAGCGAGCGUCCGCUUCUGAGGAGGCACCUGCCCUGGGCUCUGAGGAGCGGGGCGGCUGCAAAAAGUCCCGGGAUGUGUUCGGCCUGGACUUUGGCAGCACCACCACCAGGCAGCCCACCCUGCCAGCCUCAGAGCUGCCCAGCGGAAGGCUCUUCCACGCGGCCGCUGUGAUCUCCGAUGCCAUGUACAUCUUUGGGGGCACCGUGGACAACAAUAUCCGCAGCGGGGAGAUGUACAGGUUCCAGUUUUCCUGUUACCCCAAGUGCACGCUGCACGAGGACUACGGGCGGCUGUGGGAGAGCCGCCAGUUCUGCGAUGUGGAGUUCGUGCUGGGCGAGAAGGAAGAGUGUGUGCAGGGCCACGUGGCCAUCGUCACGGCACGCAGCCGCUGGCUCCGCAGGAAGAUUGUGCAGGCCCGAGAGUGGCUGACCCAGAAGCUUGAGGAGGAGGCGGCCCCGGCACUCAGGGAGGGCCCCGCUGGGGCCGUGGGUGGGACCCGGCCACCCCUGCUGCGCGUGGCCAUCCGCGAGGCCGAGGCACGGCCCUUCGAGGUGCUCAUGCAGUUCCUCUACACAGACAAGAUCAAGUACCCGCGGAAAGGCCAUGUGGAGGAUGUGCUGCUCAUCAUGGACGUGUACAAGCUGGCACUGGGCUUCCAGCUGUGCCGCCUAGAGCAGUUGUGUCGUCAGUACAUUGAGGCCUCUGUGGACCUUCAGAACGUGCUUGUCGUGUGCGAGAGCGCUGCCCGGCUGCAGCUGGGCCAGCUCAAGGAACACUGCUUGAACUUUGUGGUGAAGGAGUCCCACUUCAACCAGGUGAUCAUGAUGAAGGAGUUCGAGCGCCUCUCAUCUCCUCUGAUCGUGGAGAUUGUGCGGCGGAAACAGCAGCCACCUCCCCGCGCCCCCUCAGACCAGCCUGUGGACAUCGGCACGUCUCUGAUCCAGGACAUGAAGGCAUACCUGGAGGGGGCGGGCGCGGAGUUCUGUGACAUCACGCUGCUGCUGGAUGGGCACCCGCGGCCAGCCCACAAGGCCAUUCUGGCCGCCCGCUCCAGCUACUUCGAGGCCAUGUUCCGGUCCUUCAUGCCCGAGGACGGCCAGGUGAACAUCUCCAUUGGGGAGAUGGUGCCUAGCAGGCAGGCCUUCGAGUCCAUGCUGCGCUACAUCUACUACGGUGAGGUCAACAUGCCGCCUGAGGACUCGCUCUACCUGUUCGCGGCGCCCUACUACUACGGCUUUUACAACAACCGGCUGCAGGCAUACUGCAAGCAGAACCUGGAGAUGAACGUGACGGUGCAGAACGUGCUGCAGAUUCUGGAGGCAGCAGACAAGACGCAGGCGCUGGACAUGAAGCGGCACUGCCUCCACAUCAUCGUGCACCAGUUCACCAAGGUCUCCAAGCUGCCCACGCUGCGCUCGCUGAGCCAGCAGCUACUGCUGGACAUCAUCGACUCCCUGGCCUCCCACAUCUCAGACAAGCAGUGUGCAGAGCUGGGUGCCGACAUAUGAGGGCCCACGUGGUGCCGCCCCGCCCUGCCUCACCUACUUCAAAGACUGCUGGCCAUGCUCGGGCCUGCGGCCAAGGGGUCGUGUGCCCAGGGCCUCUGAAGGGAGCUGAGUGGGGGACUCCAAAUGCCCCAUCUCACUGCUGAGGACACAGGUCCCACAGGAAGUGGACGGUGAAGCGGGAUCCUGGCUGGCACCCUCUCCUUGGGUGGAGGUGUGGGUGGGAAGCCAGGGCUCAGUGGUGAGGACACUGCAGGAGGAGGCAGGGGUCCUGGCCAGGGCCCAGUGAGGGAAAGGAGCCCACCAGGGUGGCUUUGGGCCCCCUACACAGCAGGGACCCAGCAUGGCUUGUGAUCCAGCCACUGGGUCAUGUUGCCAAGA